GCUUUGCUUCAGCAAGGGGCACAGCCAUGUGGGCAAGCAGUCAAGCAAGAGCUGCAAAGGCAUGAACAACAGCUGCAGUACCAGCAACAGGCCUUGCUACAACAAGAGUCUCAGCAGCAAGAAGCUUUACAACAGCGUCUCUGCCUUCAGAAGCAAGAGCAAGAACAGCAACAGAUGCGACAAAUGCUGGAACAGCAGCAGGAACAGCUGGAAGCACAAACCCAACAGCAAGAGCUCAUCGAACAAGAGAUUCAGCAACACCAGGCUCGCGCUGCUCAAGAAGCAUUGCUGAUCCAACAAGCGGAAGCAGCACUGCAGAAGCACAAAGCAUUGGAGCAGAAAGCACACCAACGAAUGGAGAUGCUGUCGUUCGAGCACCCCAAACCUCGCCGCCUUCAAAUGCCAGUGGGCUCCCUCCCGGAGACAGUCCAGCUUCAGCGCCUAAA